CAUGGCUCCGUUCAUUGCAGAGUCGCAAUGAUCUCCUCCGAUGACCAGUGUAUUUGUCAAAGCCUUAGACCUUGGCCAAAUAAUGUUAGCUAGGUGCAGACUUAAGCUUCUUACUUUCCACUUAAAUACUUAAAAUGCCAUACUUCAAACUCAACUCCAACGACCAUGGAUGGUGAAUUGCUGUAGGAGUCAACUAGAAAGAAAAGUUAAAACAGCUAGGCCUGCAAUACAGUGGCUUUCUCAUGGUGAUGGAGAAUUUAAAAUUUUCCUUCACAGAUGCUGUCCAGAAAAAGUAAAGAUGUGAAAGCAGUCAAUGAAGGUGUUGUUGGCAGAUACGUGAAAACGGAAAAAUCCCCUUUAGCCAUGUAUUCUCAAUGGCAAGACAUGGGCAAUAAGAAGCAUGCAUGUCCUUACACUGUCUCGAGCAAAGCUCUUCCAUCAUCAUGCAAGAUGACUGCUGCCCAUCACAAGGAACCCGAAGUAGUGGUCAGAGGGGGAGGCCUAAUGCAAGCAUUUCAUGGACAUGGGCCUUUUCACUAUCACAUUUCUGAUGAUCCAGGAUCACAACAGGGAAUCUCUAGCAGUGUUGGUCAAAUUGUUCCACAUCAAUUAAGCGGAGGUCAACCAGCUCACACACCUCAACAGCAUCCUACAUCAGCAGCAUCACAUUCCUUCCCACAGGCUAGGCUGGCUGUUGUCCCUCAUAACCCAACUUCACUCCUUCAGCAACGAGUAUCACCAGGUUCUUCCAUGGAGGAGCUUCCACUACCACCAGGCUGGACUGUCGACUUCACUGUCCGAGGCCGCAAGUAUUACAUCGAUCACAACACACAGACAACUCAUUGGUCUCACCCUCUGGAAAAGGAAGGCUUACCAACAGGAUGGGAGAAUAUUGCACAUCCUGAAUUUGGUUCAUAUUAUGUCAAUCACAUCACAAGACGGGUGCAAUACGAACACCCUUGUGCUGUCCGCUAUAGUCCCCAUAUUGUGAUACCAUCUUCUGUGACAGAGCAGAGGGUUGCCCUUCCUCCAAAACCACCCCAUACCACUUUCCAUCAGCCAAGUGUGUUGGUGCCUGCCAAUCCUUAUUUGAAUGAAGAAAUUCCAUCUUGGCUCCGAGUGUAUCUGAAAGCUUCCAGUGAAUUUGAUAACAAGCUCCAUUGGGAUCUCUUCCGUCUGCCUCAGUUGGAGGCCUUUGAAGCCAUGAUUCGCCGCCUGCUUAAGGAAGAUCUAGAAGAAAUUGUCAACAGUUAUGAGGCAUACAGAAUUGCCCUAACACUGGAGAUUGAUAGGAGAAGAAAGAUUUUGAAGCCUGUGGAUCCUGAGGUGAUGAAGCAGCAAGCUCUUUCUCAGAGUCAUGAAACCAAGGUGUAAUAUCUUUAACACUAUCUCCCAUCUUAUGAAAUGGCUGACAACCUUGAAACUCUCUUCAUGGAACUUCAGCUGUUCUGUUGUGCCAAAAUAUUAACUUUUGUUGUAUGAAGGGGUACAAUAAGCUAGAAAGAUGCUGUGGCAAUAGGCAUCAGGGCCUAGAAAUGGACCCUAGACCUGGGCCACCAACCCUAGGCCACAAACCAAAUCUGAACCGCUCAAUUGUCUCAAACAAUAUUCGAACUAGAACCAAAAAUAAGACUUAGGGUAAUUGCUGCCUGUUGCCUUUUACUACUUGUAACCAAGUUAAAGAUGUGUUUUUAAAAUGUUCCAAUGAGGAAGUGACCUUGAACCUCUUAGAACUAGUAAUCAAAUGGAAGAAAGUGGAACCAGAGCUAAAUACCAUGCUAAACUAGGAUGGUGUGGAGUGAUGUACUGGAACUGAACAUAAGUUGAUUGUUGUGACAGCCAUGAAAUGAAUUGAGAUAAAAUGAACCUGUUGCCACAGACCUGCACUGAUUUCAGGCAGGCUAUGCACAUUUAUAUUACAGAAUCAUGGUCCAGCUAUUGCACCUAUUCUGGUGAUAUUUAGUCAUCCUAGUUCAAGGCUGACCACUCCCUGAUAGUGCUUCUAUUCCCCCAUUCUGAGAUGGUUGCCAUAACUAGCAUGCAUCAAGAGAUUUCUCAGAAAUUCCUCUAAAGGUUUAUUGUACAAGGAAGAAUUGCUAUCAGCCCUUGUUCUUAAGUUCUUCAGAAUGCUUAUCAUAUGGCUUGCUUCUUUCAAGAAAUGGGGUGUGAAUUGAAACUUCCAACUGUGAUGAUGCCACUGUUGUUCCCAAAUGUUUUUCUACUGCUUGCAGAUGGCCAUGUUCAUUGGUUCCUUAUUUUUUCCUUCACUUGCCCAUGAGCUUAAAUAAUUUAAUGCCUAAUUUCCAUGUCAUC